UGCGGAAUACAUACUACUUGUGAAUACAAUUCCUGUGCUUGAAUUUCUUACCCAUUUUUUGUCCUAUUUGGUAUUUGCUCUGCCUGCUAUUAUGAAAUGUGUUUUAUACCAUAAUCCUAACUGUAAUCCGCAAUUUAUCACAGCUGGUAUUGAAAAAGCGUACAUUUAAAGUGCCAACUUAAUAGUGCUUGAAUUAGUUUUAUCAAACUUGCAUUGAGUAAUGCAUCAAUGAGAAUGAGUGGUUUAAAUAAAGGGUGUCCAAAUUUCACUCAUCCAUCCAUUUUCGUAGCAGCCUGCAGCAUAAACUAAAAUGAACAUUUGAUUCGGCGUUCUUUAUAACCAGUAUCAAUAUCAAAAAUAUGAACUAAAAGGCAAUGUGUGUGGCACUAACCCAAUUGACUUAAUAUUCAUUAAAUAUUAUUUCAGCUAAAAGGUAACUAUAGCAUUGUUAAAAUACUUAUUUGCGACUGUCGAUGUGCCCUGCGAUUGGCUGGCGACCGGUUCAGGGUGUACCCUGCUUCCCGCCCGAAGAUAGCUGGGAUAGGCUCUAGCAGCCCGCGACCCUAGUGAGGAUAAGCGGUAAAGAAAGUGGAUGGAUGGAUGGACUGUUUUAUCAAGUUUUACCUUGAUUUCCUGUUUUAAGCAUGUAGCCUUUUAUUUUGAAGGGUAUGCACCAGAACUCAGAAUUUUGGCACGGAAAAAAAACUUAACAAGACCCCGGCAAAAAUAAAUUUAAAACAAGACGCAAGAAAGAGUGUAAUGGAUAGAAGCAAAUGCUCUAUAAAAAGUUGAUUCCUUUGCCUACACACCGAUGAGACACAAGGUUAGUGUUUGUGAUACUGUGAGACGUUUAUGUGAAAUUUCUCCCAUUUCAUUGUGAUGUAAUGUUGCUAGUUUGACCUUUGGUGACAUUUUAGCUAAAUGUUAAGCUUGUAAUGUGACUAUCUCUAAUUUAUUUCCAGUAUGGUAAAAUAAUUUACAUUUUAUUUUUGUGUUUGUCAUCAGCGUUGGUUUUUGCCGCUGCUUUGUUGGUUUUCGCCACUUUCUUCUUCUGGGUCGGCGGACUGUCGGCAUCGAAACUGGGAACUUAAUUUUUUUAAUCUGAAUGAUUCCGGGAGACCCGGAAUGUUAGUCCCGGUUCCAAUCGAUUCUCGAUGCCCAACCCUACUUGUGACACUUUGUCAUUUAGUGAAUGCAUAGCUUUAUCACUGCGGUUUGAGAGCAUUAUCUUUCAGUUCAGAUAUAUGAACUAUAUAUUUAGCACGUACGUACACACACACACACACACACACACACACACACACAUUCACACCCACUGUUGGCAGUCAUACAAAUAGACUGCAAGGUUGACUUACAUUGAUGAAGUUAAUCACAUUUAUCUCAUUAAGAUAAUGGAUUAAAAAGACAAUGUGCUCCCAGCUGAAGACGGGUGGGUUACUGCUGGGGAAUACUUAACUACAUCUGCUCUUAAUCUGUUUGAUUCCUUUCUUUGACUCAUCACCUUGUCUAACCUUUCACUGUGUCUUGUGGUUUUGACCACCACAUUAUUAUAAUCCGUAUUCUGUAACUAUACAUUUAUUUCAAGUGUACAUUGAGUCAGACCUUCUGUAAGUUGUUUUAAUUGACAUCCAUUUGUGGAUGUUACUUUAUAUCUAAUAUUUAUAUCAUCCUCUUUCUUUUACCAAUACAAUGUUAUGAUGCUAUUUUCCUUCCUUUGAUCCUAUUUUAAUUGUCUUGUAUGUCAUCAUUGUGUUGUUGUUGGUGAAGAAAACAAGACUCUCUCAUAAGAAGCUUACUGUAGGCUACUUAUGGACUUUAGUGAGUUGGAGUAUUUUGGGACAGACAAAGAGCGACAAGAAAAUGAGAGUGGGACUCACGAAGGCCGGUCCUUCUACGCACCUUCUAAACAGGUGGUGCAGUCUUGUAUAGUAACUGGGAACAGGAAGGCGUACUGACAAGGAGAGGACAUGAGAGAACUUCCCAAUCACCGUUAAGAUUGUUGACCACAUCUGCAGCAGGACUAUCUUUCUCCAAAUCUAGGAAGUCCGUAUGACUGUAGGCUCUACACCGGUUUUGAAGAACUGGACUGAGUCACUAGAUGUUGGGAUGACCCUGCCUGUUCUACGGCUGACAGCUAUUGGGGUACCACAAGUGCUACAUGUGAAGAUGGACCAUCAUAACUCUACGCCCUCAGUCAAUAAAUAUCGAUACCCAGAAGAGGAAAGGGCAUCGCUAGGCCCACCAAAAUUCCACCAACACACCUGCCAUCAGCACCCAAUGGGAGUUACCAAAGAGCUGACUGAUGCAAGGACUCUCAGGAGGGACGGGAUGGAUCAUGGGACCUGGAGAAGAGAGAGACGGGGUAGUGGAACUAUGGAGAGAGACUUGGGAAGAGACAUGGAAAGCUCACUAAUGAGAGAAGGAUCUCUUCGUCGCCACGGUGAUCUCCGAGGGGCGGAGCUGGUUCAGGUGGCAGAGCGACAGCUCUCUCAGAUUCAGCAUGUCCACGGAUACGUCACUCACGCAAACAUUACACCCCCUCAGGAAGACUCUCCAGAGGCUCCGUUUGAUGGCGAGGCGUGGCCUUACCCAGAGGUGGAGAGUAUGAAUGAAGUCGUAGUCCCACCAUUCUCUUACCUCUAUUCUAAAGCCCAUGCCUGCUACCAGGCCAACCCCCCUCCACUGGUGGUCAACACAGACAGUCUCGACACCCCCCCAUAUGUCAAUGGAACAGAAGCAGACUAUGAAUAUGAGGAAAUCAUAUUGGAGCGGGGUAACUCAGGUUUGGGCUUCAGUAUUGCAGGAGGGACUGAUAAUCCCCAUAUUGGAGAAGAUCCGUCCAUCUUUAUUACCAAGAUUAUACCUGGAGGGGCUGCAGCCCAGAACGGACGACUCAAGGUGAAUGACUCUAUCGUCCGAGUAAAUGAGACUGAUGUCAGGGAGGUGACCCACAGUGGGGCGGUGGAGGCCCUGAAGGAUGCUGGAGGUCUGGUCAGACUGUGUGUACGACGCAAGAAGAACCUUACUGAUAAGAUAAUGGAUAUCAAACUAGUGAAAGGUCCUAAAGGUCUAGGGUUUAGUAUAGCUGGUGGAGUUGGAAAUCAACAUGUUCCAGGUGACAACAGCAUUUAUGUGACAAAGGUCAUUGAGGGGGGAGCUGCACAAAAAGAUGGACGGCUACAGAUAGGGGACAAACUCGUAGCAGUAAAUGCAUCUUGUUUAGAGGAGGUUACUCAUGAGGAAGCAGUUGCAGCCCUGAAGUCAACCUCAGAUGUUGUUUAUCUUCGUGUGGCCAAACAUACUUCGCUCUUUAUCAAUGAAACCUUUCCUCCUCCUGAUGUCACAGAUUCCUACCCCCCACAUCAGGACAAUCACAUAAGUCCUUACAUGAGCGGGAGCCAGUCUCUUAGCCCUGCCCCACUGACCACGCCCAGGUAUUCCCCAAUGCCCAGGUCUAUGACUGCAGAUGAUGAUUUCACAAGGGAGCCGAGGCGUGUGACGCUCCAACGAGGGUCUACAGGUCUUGGUUUCAACAUUGUUGGAGGGGAAGAUGGAGAGGGAAUCUUCAUCUCCUUCAUUCUGGCCGGUGGUCCAGCUGAUCUUUGUGGGGAACUCCACAAGGGUGACCGGAUCCUCUCAGUAAAUGGUGUAGACUUGUCUACCGCAACACAUGAGCAGGCAGCUGCAGCUCUGAAGAACGCAGGACAAACUGUCACCAUUGCAGCACAGUACAGACCAGAAGAAUACAGUCGUUUCGAGGCAAAGAUCCAUGACCUGAGGGAACAGAUGAUGACCAGCAGUGUCAGUUCCAGCUCAACGUCACUCCGAUCCACUCAAAAACGCACACUUUACGUCAGAGUGCUGUUUGACUAUGACGGCAGCGCAUCAGACUUGAGCACCCCAAAUCAGGCUCUGCCCUUCCAUUUUGGAGACAUCCUCCAUGUAAGCAGUGCAGGGGAAGAAGAGUGGUGGUCUGCGCGUCACCUCAGCCCCCCACCCCCAAACUGCCCAGAGGUUGGAGUCAUACCCAGCCGUAGAAGGGCAGAGAAAAAGGAGAGGUCAAGGUUAAAGACAGUCUAUGUGACGAAGACUCAGGAUAGAUCGGGUCAAGAUGAAAGGGAGCUGGUAACCUCUGGCACCAGUGAGAGUGAGAGUACUUCCUCUGGCCACGAGGAGACGCUCCUAACCUACCAAGCAGUUAUACAGCAGGAAGUGAAUUACACAAGACCUGUUAUCGUGCUUGGACCAAUGAAAGAUAGAGUCAACGAUGACCUCAUCUCCGAAUUUCCUGAAAAAUUUGGCUCCUGCGUCCCACACACAACUCGACCACAGCGGGACUAUGAGGUGGAUGGCAGAGAUUAUCACUUUAUGGCCUCCAGAGAGCUAAUGGAACAUGAGAUCCAGGAGCACAAGUUCAUCGAGGCAGGACAGUAUAACAACCACCUGUAUGGAACAAGCAUACAGUCCGUUAGAGAAGUUGCUGAUAAGGGUAAACACUGUAUACUGGAUGUAUCAGGGAACGCUAUAAAGCGUCUGCAGCUGGCAGGUCUCUAUCCCAUCGCCAUCUUCAUUCGGCCACACAAUGUUGACAACAUCCUAGAGAUGAAUAAGCGUUUUACUGAGGAGCAGGGAAGGAAGUCCUAUGACAGAGCUGUCAAACUGGAGCAGGAAUUCACAGAAUAUUUCACUGCUUUUGUCCAUGGCUCAUCUCUAGAGGAGGUGUAUUCGCAGGUGAAGCAGAUAAUUGAGGAGCAAUCUGGUCCUUACAUCUGGGUGCCCACUAAGGAGCGGCUCUGAGCGACACCGCUCAUAGCUACUACAUGUUUGUACACACCAACUUUGGCAGCACAACUCAGCUUGUUUCCCCCCCGCGCUCACCUCCAUGUUCUCUCACGUCCACACACACAACGCUGGACAAGGCUGAGACUGAUCUGAAAACUCCCACUUUUUCUUGAGGGGGGGAGGAGCUCGUCUCUCCAGCAGCCCACUGGUGCAUCUUCCUACAGCUGAGUUCCUUAAUGUUUAAGGAUGUGGUUCUAAUCAAGAAAACGUACCAUUAUCUGAUUUGUUGAUUUAAUUGUUGUUCUAAAGCUUGUUGUUGAUGAUGUUUUCAUAUUAACAAAGGGUAAUUAGCAUUCACAUAUGGGUUUGUAAUGAUGAUAAUGUCACCGAGAAGCAAACUUUUGCACGCUGUAGCUUUAAGAGCAUGUUUCGGGGGACAAAGUCUUGAUCCUCUUUCCCAUUGUGUCUGUCAUUUAUCAUGGCAUCGCUCCACUUUAUAUAUAAAUAGCUCUCUUUUACACUCUUCCUCUGACUUUUCUACCUGUCUCUCUUAUCCUACCACUUCCCUGCCAGACUGCCUCAAGUUUAAAAUAUGAGCUGAUGGUUUAAAUGUGCCCUGGCAUGUUGGAAUGAAGGGCCGAGAUAGAAAACAUAGACAGUAGUACUGUACAAAUACUGCUUAGAAAUGUAGCAAAUAUUAUUUUUUAAAAGCAACACUUGUAUGAUGAUUAGGUAUGGUUUAUAUGAGACCUCUGUGACAUGCAGAAUGUCUCAAAAAUAACAAAAAAAAGAAACAUGAAAUUAGGCUGCAUUAAAAUUUCCAUCAAUUCAUUUUCUGUAGUGUGUGCCCCCAUUCGGCUCCUGGGUGAGCCAGAGCCUCUCCCGGCUGACUGGGCAAGAGGCUGGGUAAACCAUGGACCUCACCAGUCAAUCACAGGACACAUGCAUGCAUACAGACAAACAACCAGUCACACUCAUAUUUACACAUUUGGGUAAUUUGGAGUCUUAAAUAAAAAUAAAUUCCCUAAAUAAAAAAUAAAAAAACAUACAUUUUUGCUUGUCUUAAUCCCAAAAAGACUUCUUUGCCUUUUCUGCUCUUCUUCCUCUUCAUUGGCUAAAUUUAUAUGGACAUCCGUAUGCUAAUAUUCAAUAAAAUUAUACUGCAGUGAUAAUUUACUGUAAACAACAUUCUCUAAUUACCUUUUUUCAAAAUAGUCAUAUUCAAAGUAAGAAAUUAUAUAAUUAAAAUAUGAAUUACAUGAAAUUUGUAUUCCAGUCAGCAGUACAUACAACAGAUACACAAACUUGUUGUCUAUAUUCUUCUGGGAACAUAUAAUGUAGGGCUGUAAUGUGAAUAUAAUUCCUUUUUUGGACUAUGUGGUGUAACAUGUAACGUGAGCAGUAAUUGGAAGAUUCUACCAAUCACGUCCAAUUGUUUCUAUUUACAGAAAGCUCAGUAUAGGGGAGUAUUGUAUUGUUGUCCAUGUAAACAUAACCAGUUUCUCAUGCCUUCCAUCUCUCCUCUAGAUAUUCACAGCAUGGUGCACAUUUAUAAACACCAUCACUGUUAGAAGUGUCAUUGUUGUUUUGUUCCUUCUUACUGUGGUUGCACUAAUGGGGGCUUGUUCCUUAAAAGCAUAUUUUAACAGCAUCGGAGGUCUAUGACUACGUGAUUCACUUUGUUUCUGUGAAUGUCUUGAAGGGUCACUUGGGUCGGCGUAUUAGUAAUAUUCCAUGGCUAAAAUACAGUUAAGAUUUCAGAACAACCAUAUGAAUGAAGUGAUUCAUGCCUUUCAGCCGCAGAAUGCAUCAAAAGCGCCUGAGACUUGCCACAUAAAUGACAGUCGCCUUGGUACAUUACACUUAAUUUCAUUUGGUUUCAUGGCACACUCCCUGCACAAACCAUCAUACUGACUUGACAGCGUACUCUCAUGUUAUGUUGGCACACAUAUCACUCCACACAACAGUAGUGGCAGAAGUCAUCAUCAUGUCACCCCCGUGAUAGCGAACUCCUUUCAAAGCUUCAAAGUUGACCAUUUCCGCUGUCUGGUGACUCCUGGAUAUUAUUUGUUUACAAGAGAACGUCUCAGGGGAUCUUAUAUAUUCCAGUGAAAAUGCUAGGUAAUACUCAUAAUAAAUGUGUGAGAUUAUGACAACACAAUGAGAUGUCUGUAAGAAAUAUGCACAUUUUUUUGUAGUUUUGUGUUGGGAGCACUGUGUGCCUGAUUAAUGAAGUGUUAUGUACUUGGAGCGCUAUGGUCAUGAAUGGGGCUCCUCUCACAUUAGGCGCUUGUGUCUUAUGUCACGUAUAAGAUUUGAAGUACCGAGAUGCUUUUGGAAACGCAGCCCGAGAUGGACCUCGUCAAUAACUUGUUUGCCACGCCAACCCUGAAGCUGACAGGAGCCCAGAGACUCACAGAGAAGCCGGUUCUGCACUACAUGAGUUUUGAAAGCUAAAAGGUUUACCAUUUCUUACAGUAUCUGGAGCUAAUUUAUAUUGAUUUCCAUUAGUAAUUUUCUCAGAUUUCUUGAACAGAACUGGACUCUGUGUUUUAUUCUGGCUUUGUGUUUUAGCCAGGGGUUUAUGCCACUGUCUAGAGUUAAGCACUGAUGCAAAGAAUCUAUUUCAGAGAUGGCUCUAUAUAUAGAUAUAUAACAUAUGAUGAUAUUUAUCCCUGCGCUAACUGCCUAUUUUGGUACAAAAAUAAAUGUCUUUAUUGAGA